AUGGCAGCUUGCUCCACUGUUGCUCCACCAUCCACCUCUUUCAUCAGCAACAAGAAAGAUUUGGGUCUCUCUGCUUUCUCUUCCGCAUCGCCGCUUUCCAGUCAGAAAUGCAAGAGAACAUCCAAGACAAUCUGUUCGGUCACUGCACCAAAACAAUCAGAGCGCAAACCUGCCACUACUGGCUCGGUCAAGACGGGAAUGACGAUGACUGAGAAGAUAUUUGCUAGAGCUUCUGAGAAAACCCAGUUGAGCCCUGGUGAGAAUGUUUGGGUUAACGUCGAUGUUUUGAUGACACAUGAUGUUUGUGGCCCUGGUUCCUUUGGGAUCUUCAAGAAAGAGUUCGGCCAGAACGCCAAGGUUUGGGACCGUGAAAAGAUUGUAAUUAUACCUGACCAUUAUAUAUUUACAAGUGAUGAACGUGCGAAUCGUAAUGUGGAUAUUUUGAGGGAUUUCUGCACAGAACAAAACAUCAAGUACUUCUAUGAUAUCAAGGAUCUGAGUAAUUUUAAGGCUAACCCUGAUUAUAAGGGUGUGUGCCAUGUUGCUCUUGCUCAAGAAGGCCAUUGCAGGCCUGGAGAGGUCCUACUGGGUACAGAUUCUCACACCUGUACUGCGGGAGCUUUUGGACAAUUUGCUACUGGAAUCGGGAACACUGAUGCAGGUUUUGUGUUGGGCACUGGGAAGCUCCUGCUCAAGGUACCUCCAACAUUGAGAUUUGUGAUGGAUGGUGAAAUGCCUGACUAUUUGCUUGCCAAAGAUUUGAUUCUGCAAAUUAUUGGUGAAAUAUCUGUUUCUGGGGCAACAUAUAAAGCUAUGGAGUUUGUUGGCAGCACUGUUGAAAGCUUAUCUAUGGAAGAAAGGAUGACAUUAUGCAACAUGGUUGUUGAGGCUGGGGGCAGGCCCAAGGCUGAGUUUAGAAUCAGUAGAAUGGGGUUGGGAGCAAGCCUUACAUUAGAGCCAUGCAUGGGGUUUUGCUUUUAUCUUGUUACAGAGGAUAAGACUUCUGUACCCUAUGAACCUGUAUACAGUGAUGACAAAGCAAGAUUUCUGUCUGAGUACAGAUUUGAUAUCUCAAAACUAGAGCCAUUGGUGGCAAAGCCUCAUUCUCCUGAUAAUCGUGCUUUGGCAAGAGAAUGCAAAGAUGUGAAAAUUGACAGAGUAUAUAUUGGUUCUUGUACUGGUGGAAAAACAGAGGAUUUUAUGGCUGCAGCUAAAGUUUUUCUAGCAUCAGGCAAAAAGGUCAAAGUGCCAACAUUUCUUGUGCCUGCUACCCAAAAGGUUUGGAUGGACGUGUAUAGUCUUCCAGUACCAGGAUCUGGUGGCAAGACUUGCUCACAGAUAUUUGAGGAAGCUGGAUGUGACACGCCUGCGAGUCCCAGUUGCGGUGCUUGCUUAGGUGGUCCUAAAGACACCUAUGCUCGCUUGAAUGAACCUAAGGUAUGUGUCUCAACAACAAACAGGAACUUCCCUGGCCGAAUGGGCCACAAGGAAGGCGAGAUAUAUCUUGCUUCCCCCUACACGGCUGCUGCAUCUGCUUUGACCGGUUAUGUCACCGACCCGAGAGAGUUUUUGCAGUAG